AGACUCAAAGUUUUGGUCACGGGCAGUGAGUGAGAGAUCAAAGCGAGUCAAUACUUCCUGUUGUAGGAGGCUCUGUAUAUAUAAGUGCCUUGGUAAUGUUGGGGGGAUGUCAGCACCAGCUAGAAGACGGGAGCGAGCGAGUGAGCAAGCCCUCUACUGUCUGUCCGCCUUCCCAGCUCCCGGGGUUUCCCUAGAGACCACAAUGAACAAGUUCCUCUGCUGCACGCUUGUGUUCUUGGACAUCUCAGUUAAGUGGACCACACAGGAAACCUUUCCUCCAAAAUACCUUCAUUAUGACCCAGAAACAUCUCGCCAGCUGUUGUGUGACCAAUGCCCCCCAGGCACUUACUUAAAGCAACACUGUACAACAAGGAGAAGGACCCAGUGUGAGCCCUGCCCUCAUCACUACUAUACUGAGAGCUGGCAUUUUAGUGAGGAGUGUUUAUACUGCAGUGGAGUGUGCAAAGAGCUGCAGCAUGUGAAACAGGAGUGUAAUAGCACACACAACCGUGUGUGUGAAUGUAUGGAAGGACGGUAUCUGGAGUUGGAGUUUUGUCUAAGGCACACCAGCUGUCCCCCAGGAUUCGGUGUAGUACAAGCAGGAACCCCAGAGCGAAAUACCAUUUGCAAAAGGUGCCCAGAUGGAUUUUUCUCAAAUGAGACUUCCUCUAAAGCACCAUGCAGGAAACACACAAAUUGCAGUGCCCUUGGUCUCCGAAUGGCAUCGAAAGGAAAUGCAACUCAUGACAAUCUCUGUUCUGGAAAUACAGAAGGAACUCAAAAAUGUGGAAUAGAUGUCACCCUGUGUGAGGAGGCUUUCUUCAGGUUUGCUUUUCCUACAAAGUUUACCCCUAAUUGGCUCAGUGUUCUGGUGGACAGCUUGCCUGGAACCAAGGUGAAUGCAGAAAUGAUAGAAAGAAUUAAAAGAAGACAUAGCUCUCAGGAGCAAACUUUCCAGCUGCUCAAGUUAUGGAAGCAUCAAAACAAAGACCAGGGUAUGGUCAAGAAGAUUAUUCAAGAUAUUGACCUUUGUGAGAACAGUGUAGUGAAACACAUCGGGUUCUUGAACCUUACCCUGGAACAGCUCCGUAGUCUGAUGGAAAGUUUACCAGGGAAGAAAGUAGGAUUGGAAGACAUCGAAAAAACUAUGAAGUUAUGCAAAUCGACUGAUCAGGUCCUAAAGCUGCUUAACCUGUGGAGAAUAAAAAAUGGUGAUCAAGAUACUCUGAAGGGUUUGGCACAUGGACUAAAACACUUAAAAACAUACCACUUUCCCAAAGUGGUCCUUCAGAGCCUGAGGAAGACAGUCAAAUUUCUGCACAGUUUUACAAUGUACAGAUUAUACCAGAAGCUAUUUCUAGAAAUGAUAGGGAACCAAGUCCAGUCAGGUAAAAUCAGCUGCUUAUAACCAGCCAAGACCGUUGGGGCAGAGGUUGAGCAAGCUGAGAGAUGAUGGAACAUGCUCAGUCUCUUCAGUGAGGCACAUGGAGGGCGCAGUCCAUCCUGUUGUUUUGGACCAAUUUGUGACCAAACAGUAAUUAAGUGACUGCUCUGGUGAUGUGCAAGAGACCGUACACCCCAAAAGUUCAAUACAAACCAAACUGAGAUCUGGUUCAGUAUCUACUGACUAUCUUUACUGCUAGAAGUAACUCAACUGGAAACAGUAACCCAGAUGGAAAAAAGUUUUUAUUUCAUCAUGCCUUACUAUGUAUAGGAAUGUUUAACUGGGAGAACUUGGAGUGUUCAGCAAUCCUGGAUGCUUUUAUUCAAGGGUCAUUUUAUGUAAAAGCUCCAAACAUGUUGAUAACACUAAUGCAGUAUUUGCUAUUUAUAUUCAUUCAGAUAGGAGGUUUGUACAUAUUUAUCAUCUUAAAAUGGAAAUUGUAUAAGACUUAAUUUUAGAAAGAGAAAUUUAUAUUCUGUUUAUAUUAUGACAAAUGAAAGUGAUAAAAUAUAUAUUUUUUCCAAUGGAGACUAUGUAGCAUUUCCUAAUAGGCCCUGCCAUUCUCCCUUCCAGGAGUGUUGUUUAUAAUGUAAUUUUCACUGUAUAAGCUAUAAUAUCUUUGGUUAGAAAAAAGGUAUAAUUUAGCUGAAUUUUUAAUGUGGGGAAAAUGUGUGAUAUGUAAAUUAUCUGCUCUGAGAAAGUGAAUGUAUCUUAUUUAAAAGAUUUUAUGAUUUUACUUUAUAAAUCACCAUUAAAUUUUUUUUCAACAGA